AUGGCUGCGAAAAACAUGUUCGACUACAAUCGUGAAAACUUCCAGUUCGACCAAGAGCAGCGCCUAAGUCGAGAACUUCUUCGUCAGAUUCUGCAGCUGAAGCGCUUCACGCUCUUUCGAGAGGACAUUAGAGAUUUGGUGGAACUGACAGUGGGGAAAAUGGAAAUGUAUCACUUGGUGGCAGCUCUGUUUAUGGAAUCCUCCAUGGCACUGUACUUUGAAGGACGAAUCCAUCACGUGGCCCCACCUUUCAUUUUAUCUUUGUUGUACAUUUCCAUUGCGAGUGCCUUCAUGUAUUUGCUGCUGGCAGUGUGGCUGAGUAUGCACGCCUCUAUCUGUUCGCACAGCUUCGGGGUGCGAUUGCUCACCAGAUUCGUUCGUCUCCCAGUCCCUGGUAUGCAGCAGAUGGGUGUGCUGAAUGCUCGGCUGGCGGACUUUGAACGUCAAGGUGUGCAGGGCAUGCUAAGGGUGCCAGUGAUAGGUGGAAGGCAAGACUGGAUGCAACGACAGCCUUUGCAGGGUGUGCCAGAGGACCAGCAGAAUCCAGACCUGUUGGGAGAAGGCAUCAAGGCUUGGAACAAGGAAGACAACAUCAUGGGAUCAGCGCAGGGGGCACUGAACAAGCACGUGGACCUUUUCCGAAGAUUGCAGUGCAAGUGGCAGUGCUUCGAUGCCUAUGCACGCGUUUGCAUGGCCCUGGGAGCAAAUCAGCUAGUUCUUGGUCUGCAGUACUACCUUGUGAUCACCACCCUGAUCCAGUACAGGUGUCCCAGCGUGUGCUUAACGCUCCUUGCGGGGUUUUGUAGCGGUGGUCUUGCCUUAGCUUACUUGGACCUUGCGGGCUUAGGUGGAAGAAAAAUCUGCCUGCUACAGCUCAUGGGGUCUAUUCCGGUUUGGAUAGCUGCUAUCAGCAUUAUUGCGGCGAAGAAGUCCGACGAGGGAAUUCCGCUGGUUGACAAUGCAUACAGGGUGAGUCCUGUGGCCUUCUUUCUGAACAUUCUGUGGUUUGAAGGGUUGCUGUGGGUGGCCUGGCCCAGUGAAGAUGAGGCCACCCUGCCAAGACUGUUCCGGUCUGUCAUCUUCCUGGAUGUGUUUGAGGAUGUUGGCAUGGACGAAGAUGGGGAGGUGGACUCCAAACAACUUCGCCGUCAGGGAACAGUGGUGAACAUGCAACCAGCUGCGCCGUUGGAGAAGGAAGAUGUGAAAAGUGCGGACAAGGCGCUGUUCUUGGCGCAUGCGGCACUGCGGCGCUGGGAGGCGACAGCGGUGGCUCAGAUGCCGGGGUGUACUGAUCAGAUGAAGUCAGACCUGGCGCAAUACAGGCACAGAUACGUCCUCACACGCGGGACCUUCCUGGGAGAGAUGUCGAAGCGUUUCAAGGCUGGUGCAGUUCUGCAAGAAGACCAACGGCCAUGGGAAGACCUGGAUGAGGAUGAGAAGGAAGAUGAUCCUUUUGGAGGAUCCCUGCUCGGGCCGUUCACUAGCCAUGGGCGAACUGUAUACUACAACCUGGAGGCUGGAGAGACCGAGGAGGGCUCCCAUUCCAACUUAGAGAUCCUGACUUUGGACGAAGUGCAGUCUAUGGUGGAUUCAGCCGAGUCAAAGGUACGACGGCUGUUAGGAAGACAUGUUGGAUCCCAAAGCUCGAGCGAGACCGACUCGGAUUCCAGCGAUGGACCCCAACGAGGGAGGAGUUUUAUUGCUGGAAACACGGGAGGAAAGUGGUUGCCAACUGGAGAGCAUCACAUCCAGAGAUUGCCGUGGAAGGUGCUGUACUACAACACUCGGUCCCUUCAGGUGGCGUGGCUCAUCAUGUUUGUCAUCAACUUGAUGGAGCAGUGCGGCAUGUUCCUGAUUAACGUCCAGACCAUGGACAUGAAGGAGAUUGAAGAGCAUCAGGAGGAGGAAGACAUCCGAGAGGUGAUUAACUCGGAAAUAGAGCACGGCGAGGCCAUUGAAGGGCCACCGGAUCAUCAUCGCCGAUUGUUCAGCAUCGGUGCCUGGUCUUCACCGUCCUGGAGCUUCCAGAGGUGGCCAAUUCAAUGGCCGCAGCCGGCAAUCUUCAAGGCUGAAGCAAUGCACUGCAGGCAGGUUUGCAACAUUUUGCAACAUUUGGUGGUGCAAUAA